AUGACGGAAGAUCAAUUGUACACGUCGUUUAGGAAUGAGCAGACAUUGACAAAUCCGUGCGAUUGUACAAAUCAAGACACAGUAUUCGAUUUAGAGAAAUAUGGACUCUAUUUCGACAAGAUUCGAGUACUCUUUGUGCCUACUCUGGAAUAUAGAAUCCGUUCUUUGUUAAAAGAGUUUGUGUACAGUACAAAUUCCCGAUGGGUCAAGAAAUUUCCAUAUUUGAAGAAAUUUGUCGAUGCAAUAAUUAUGUGGAAAGAUCCUCUGAGCAGAGUGGCCGAAUACGACGUCGGUACGAUGGAAGAAAUUAUGAGAAAUACCGUCAAACACAUGAUAAAGGAUGAUCUGAUCACUUGCUUUCUGGAUUCUGUCAUUUUGCACAAUAGAUUGAAUAAAAUUUCUCGCGAGUUGGACGCAUUGGGCAUCGAAAACAAUGUUUUAAGGGGCUUGAACGUGCGGGAUUUUGUCAACGAGCGAGACUACUUGCCAGAUCGAAAUUUCGUCACGUAUGUGUUACGAGAAAAAUAUUUUUUCUCAACAAUUAAAAAUGGACUACGUCAAGUAUCGACGGUUGAAUAA